AUGGGCAAUACUCAUAAUAUUGACAGUGCUUUAUUAGAAUAUUUAAAAACUAACAGACAGUCUAAACCAUUGACAUCAGAUAGGAACAGGAAAGUCGUGAUUGAACCUGGAAAAUCUGUUACAGUUGAUGAUAUUCAAAACCGGACUAAAGAUACUAAGAAACGUCCCGCAAAAAACAAAUCUGCUCUAAUAAAAAGUACCGCUGUUCAAAAAGCUAAAAACCAGAUAUUGAACGAUACACCUUCAACGGCAAGUGUCGGCAAAGAGAAUAAAAUUUUAGAUCAAUUCAAAGACGAACUAUACUUCUGUGAUAACUUCUCUUUAUCAUUCUUGGCAGGCAAAAAUAGCGUUAACGAAAAUGAUACAAUUGAUAAUAUGAUAGGAAAUAAUGACGAAUACAAUUUAAACACACAUACAACAGAAGAUCAAGCUUUACCAACUUUUACUGAAAUUGACAUAUUAGACGAAAAAACGGAACUUUACUCUCACAAAUUACACCCACAUUAUGUGAAAUAA